AAUAAUAAUAAGUCAAAGUUAAAAAAAAUUUGACACAAAAUUCAAUGAACAUUUGCAAAUAAUUUGCAUUAAAAAAAAAAUAGAAACAGAUUUUCGUGAACAUCAAUCCUUUGUUCCUCCAUUUAUUAUAUCAAUAUUGCCAUAGUAAUCGCAUAUAUUUAUAAAUGCACAUUGUUUUCUAAAAAGAACUAGAAAAUUGACAUUUAUAUUAAAUUUAAAUUUGACAAUAUUUUUUUUUGUCUUUCUAAAUUUUCUUUAUCAAGAUAAAGAAAUUAUGGAAUCGCUUGUUAAAUAUGAUAAUCCAGUUUUAGUUUCUUCCAAAGCAGAAGAGUUAUCCGAUCAACAUCAACAAGCUAGAGAGCCUGAUUUAUUAAAUGCUGGUAUUGAAAGUUUUGCUUUCCAAAGGAAAUUUACAGCAGUAGAAGUAGAAAAAGAGCCCGUAGAAAUAUUAAAUGGCAUAUUACCACCAAGAAAAUGGCAAGAAGAUGGUCAACAAUGGAUGCAAAAAGUAUCAAGUACCCCUGCUACAAGGCUUGAUGUGAUAAAUUUGCAAGAGCAAAUGGAUAUGAGACUGCAGCAACGUCAAGCAAGAGAAACUGGAAUAUGUCCAGUGCGACGGGAAUUAUUCAAUCAAUGUUUUGAUGAAUUGAUUCGUCAAAUAACUAUCAACUGUACAGAACGAGGAAUUUUACUACUGAGGGUUCGCGAUGAAAUAAAAAUGACAAUGUCAGCAUACCAAACACUAUAUCAAAGCAGUGUUGCAUUUGGCAUUAGGAAAGCACUUCAAGCUGAACAAGGAAAAGAAGAUUUAGUCACCACUGCCGAGGCAUUAUUGGCACAAAAAAUGGAAUUAGAAAAAACUGUUGCAGAAUUGAAACAAAAACAAGAACAAACUGAGAAAAGAAAUGCAGUAUUAAGAGAAGCUGAAGAAAAAAAAUAUACUGAAGAAAUUCAAUUUUUGAAAAAAACUAAUCAACAACUGAAGGUACAAUUGGAAGGGAUCUUAAACAUAAAAAAAUAAUAAGUCACCUCCUAGUGAAUUAAUAUUUUGAAUUUCAUAAGAGGAAUUCCAGACUUUUAUUAAGAAAUAUUUAAUAAUAAUUUUAAUUGAUACACGCGUGAUGGUUUUACAAAAUAAGUUUAUUAAAAUUAAAAUAAAGAAAAAAUAAAAUUA